AUGUCGGUGAAUGGAGCAAAGGUGACGGAAGGUUCUGCGACCAUCCUUUUUAGUGAUCCUGAUGAAGUCUUUUAUAACCCCGUUCAACAAUUUAAUCGGGACUUAAGCACUACUGCCAUUCGCGCAUGGGCAGAAAGCCGCAACCAAAAAGCGGUUGCGAAAGCAAAGCAUCGUCAGGAAAUUAUAGAAGCACGUGAAAAAAAGGAUGAAAACAAAGUAAACUCGAACCAAGAAAAUUCAUCUCCGUCCGGUAGUGAAGCGACUGCUGUUCCUGCAGAAUAUUCUGAAAAUAAUACCAAAAAAAAGGCGGAUGAGGGUAAUAACGUCGGAUUUAGCGUCUUAGAAGCGUUAUCUGCCACUGGUUUACGGGCUAUUCGUUAUGCUAGAGAACUGCCCGAUGUAAAAAAAAUUUUAGCAAACGAUUUACUUGCUCGUGCAGUGGAAGCUAUCGAUGCCAAUGUCAAGCGCAAUGAUGUUGCUCACAUCGUGAUUCCUAAUAAGGGAGAUGCAAAUUCUGUUAUGCAUUCAUUUAAAAAUCAAUACGAUGUGAUUGACUUGGAUCCUUAUGGUACGGCUGCUCCUUUCUUGGAUGCAGCUGUGCAAUCUGUUGCAGACAAUGGUCUACUUUGUAUCACAUGUACAGACUCAGCUGUGCUUGCAGGCAAUGCUUAUCCAGAGAAGUGUUUCUCCAAUUAUGGCGGAACUUCAUUACGAUCAGAUUUCUGUCACGAACAAGCUAUCCGUCACCUUUUGUAUGCUAUAGCUACGGCAGCGGCUAAGUAUGGACGUGCUAUUAAGCCCCUGCUUUCCCUUAGUAUCGAUUUUUAUUUUCGUGUAUUCGUACAAGUAGAGGCUAAACCAGCUCUUGUAAAAAACCUGCACAGUCAGUCAGCACUUAUCUAUCACUGUUCAGGAUGUGGAAGCUAUUCCAUUCAACGUAUGGGCAAGACGGUUCCUGGAAGGAUCCCUGGAAGUACAAAGUAUACUAAUGCCACUGGUCCAACGAUUAGCGCAAAUUGUGAGCAUUGUGGAUUUGUACACCAUUUGGGUGGACCUGUUUGGGGAGGUCCCUUGCACGAUGCAGAGUUUAUCGGAAGGAUGAGAAAGAUUGCCGAAAAUCUGGAUGAGGAAACUUAUGGAACCAAACGACGCAUAUUGGGAAUGUUAGCAGUUGCCGCUGAAGAAUUAUUGGAUAUACCAUUUUAUUUUAUUAUAUCUCAAACUGCUAGUGUUUUACGUGCGCAAUCACCUCCCCAGAAUACUUUUGUUUCUGCUUUGCUAAAUGCAGGCUAUCGUGUUUCUGGAUCUCAUGCAAAGAGCAAUGCUAUUAAAACUGAUGCACCUUGGGCUUAUAUAUGGGACGUUAUGAGAGCUUGGGUUCAGGAUCAUCCUGUAAACUACAACAAUAUCAAACCAAACUCCGCAGGCUCCAUGAUUCUAAAAAAAGAGUGCACUUCCAAGGUUGAUUUCACUUUACAACCUGGUGCUGAGUUUUCCUCUAAAAAGGCUGGUUACACUCGUUAUCAAAUGAACCCUACUGAGAAUUGGGGUCCUAAGGCAAAAGCUGGUAAAAGGAAAAUAUCUGAAACGGACGUACAAACUAAGAGUAUUGAUAAGGUUAUUCUCAGUAAUUUGAAACUUCUCUUCUUUGUAGCGAACAUCCUUGUCAAUUGUAUUGUCGAUUCUUGA